AUGACUAAAGUUGCCCAGUCUUUGCCAGAAGCUCCGUCGGUGGGAACAGACACGUCGGUAAGCGAUGAGUCGAAAAGCCCUCCGCCAGUACUGUUGAUUGCGGUGAUGGGAGUGACUGGCUCUGGAAAGAGUAACUUUCUUAGGCUCUUGACUGGCAGAGACGAUGAAGAUGGGCCCCAAGUCGGGCAUUCACUUGGAUCAUGCACGCAGAAGACGGAAGCCUACGAGUGCCUCAUCCAGGGCCAGCAGUUUGUCUUUUUUGACACGCCCGGCUUCGAUGACACGUACCGAGGCGAUGCCGAUAUUCUUGCCGAUGUCGCUCAAGCUCUCAGCUCUUCGUACAUGAACAACAUCAAGCUCAGUGGAAUCAUUUACCUCCACCGCAUCAAAGAUGAGAGAAUGACCAAUGCCAUCAUGCGAAACCUCACCAUGUUCCGUAACCUCUGUGGUGAUGGCGCCUUUGAGAACGUCAUUCUUGCAACUACCUUCUGGGAUGAGCUGCAGGAUGAGUCCAAGGGAGCUGCUAGAGAGCAUGAGCUGAUCUCAACUCCUGAAUGGUGGGGAUAUAUGAGCAACAAAGGCUCAAGAAUUCGACGAUUUCAAAACACUCGAGAAUCCGCUCUUGAGAUAGUCAAUGAGCUAGUUGACCUCCCUGCCGUAACUUUGCAGAUCCAAGAAGAGAUCGUAGAGCAAGGUCUGGGAGUCGACCAAACAACGGCAGGUGAAGCUCUCAACGAGGAACUCAACAAGCUGCGAGAACAACACCAAGCCCAGCUCAACUCCAUCCGCGAAGAAAAAGAACAAGCCAUCAAAGAUCGGGACGUCCAACUCGAGAAAAUGCUCGACAAGCUCGAACAAGAGAAACAGCAAUUCAUGCGCCGUCUCGAAAGCGAGCAAGCUGCCCUCCACGCCGAUCGCCGCGAACAGCAACGCCGCAUGGAACAAGCCUUCAACGACCAACUCGUCCGUCUAGAGCGUGAACGCAAGGCAAGAGAAGCCAAGAUCCAAGACCUGGAAACCCGACUAAGUACCGAGCGCGCAGAUGCCAACGAGCGAUUUCAAGCUGCUAUGGCAGAAUCGAACCGCAUGGUCAGCGCGUUAAAGCUCGAGAUGGAGCAGGCACGUGCGGAGGAUCGGGCGGAGUAUGAUGAGACAAUUAGGAAGAUUGAGGAGAGGCAGAGAGGUGCUGGAUGCGAGUACCGCGCAGGUUGCGGCGCAUGGAGUGGAGAAAAGGAGGAUGGAGGCGAGGAUUAG